AGCCCCAAGCCUACUCAUUCUUACCAACUUGAACAGCCGUCGCACUGAAACCGCAAAGCACAGGAUUAUAAUCCUUUGUCGGUUAUUUUCAACGAAGCCAGCCCACUACUUAUAACGGACUGGUCAUUGCUUUCAUGGACAAUCGGAGAAGAAUCGACGUGAAGGAAUUUGGUCCAUUGUUUUGAUUUCUAGCGAUGAAUCGUAUUGUGAUUAGGAGUUUUGCGAGGGCUUUGGUUAAUAAUAGCCGGAGCUUUGGCUCCGUCGCCGGGGUUUCCGUUGGUGGCAGUGACGGUGCUAUGAAGGUUACUUUCGCGGCGGUGGCGUCGCCGGGGACGAGGUACCAGCCGUUGGCGGAUGGGGGAUUCCAGUGGAGGAGGUUUUUGAGCUCGUCGGCGGCGGUGGCAGAGGAACAGGGGAAGGUGAAAAUGGAACAGGGGAUUAAGGAUAUUGAGAAUCAGGAGAAGAAGGAAAAAGAGAAGGAGAAUGCUAUGGUUUCUAGUUAUUGGGGGAUUUACAGGCCGAAGAUUACUAGGGAAGAUGGGUCUGAAUGGCCUUGGAAUUGCUUUAUGCCAUGGGAGACUUACAGAGCAGAUUUGUCCAUAGAUCUUGGAAAACACCAUGAGCCGAAAGCUUUCCUGGACAAAGUCGCUUACCGCGUUGUGAAGCUUCUUCGGAUCCCAACAGAUAUUUUCUUCCAGAGACGCUACGGUUGUCGAGCAGUGAUGCUUGAGACGGUGGCAGCAGUGCCGGGGAUGGUUGGAGGGAUGCUGUUGCAUCUGAAGUCUCUGAGAAAGUUUCAGCACAGUGGGGGGUGGAUUAAGGCCCUGCUUGAAGAAGCAGAGAAUGAGAGGAUGCAUUUAAUGACCAUGAUUGAGCUAGUGCAGCCCAAGUGGUACGAGCGGCUGCUUGUGAUCACAGUGCAGGGAGUCUUUUUCAAUGCCUUCUUUGUUCUCUACUUGAUGUCCCCCAAAUUGGCUCAUAGAAUUGUUGGCUAUUUGGAAGAGGAAGCCAUCCAUUCUUACACUGAGUACUUGAAGGAUAUCGACGAGGGAAAGAUCGAGAACGUCCCCGCUCCUGCCAUUGCCAUCGACUAUUGGAGGCUGCCUAAGGAUGCAAGGUUGAAGGAUGUUAUCACAGUCAUUCGGGCCGAUGAGGCACACCACCGCGACGUGAACCAUUUUGCUUCUGACAUCCAUUUCCAAGGGAAGGAAUUGAGAGAAUCAGCAGCGCCUCUGGGAUAUCACUAAACACACAAUUUUUUUUUCAGUGUUUUCGGAUUAUAACCCUGGAGAGAACCUUGUUUUGUGUUGUUGAGGUGUACAAGUGGGAAAGCUUAAUUUGGUCUCAAUUUCUAGUAGAUGUGUAUGUCGUAAUUUGUACAUAGGUUCUCUCUUGAAUUCGCGUCUAAUAAAGACCUUCAUAAGUUUUAUGAUUACUAUAGUUAGUUUUAGAAAGUUAUAUUUUGAAAAAGAAAAAGAAAUAUGAUUGGUCCUUACAAAAUAAUAAUAAUAAUAAAUAAAUAAAAUUGGCAUUCCUUU